AUGGGCAGUUACCGUGAGUUCAGAUGGGAGCAGGUUCGUGCAGAAAUCCGACUUCAGUCGGCGGUUUGGCCCGAGAGCACCUACCGCAGCAACCCGCUCGGCCAGGAGGACGUUUCGUAUGUUACGGUUGAUGAACCGGCCAGCACAGAGAAGCUUGUCAUUGCAGCAGCGCGGUCUGCAGCAAGGAAGAAAGAAGAAGUGGAGACCUUUACCAAGGCAAACCUACAGUACCACUUGAGGGACCGUGCUUCAGCAUUGAUUGAUUUCGCCAUGUCGGAGGAAGGCAUCGAGAGCAUCCAUCAAAACGAGUUGCAGUCGAAGCCGAAGUCAUGUACUCACCGGAGGCUCGGAGUAGUGGGCCAGAGGGAUGGCACAUCGACUUGCACUUCACCGACCACUGCAUCAACGCACACCGAAGCACGGCAAGGAGCAGCAGUCUCGGUUUGGUCACCUGGAGAGUCACCAGAACUCGACGAAAUCCCAGCCCGUCGUGCGAGAAUCCAUGAGCUCCAGCAGGCCAUUUUGGACCAUGACGAGGAGCGGCUGGCAAAGGUGGCUUUAGGAACCUUUCCGCUUCUCGGAGCCCGAAACCAACCAGUUCUCCCAGUUCCUCCUUUGGCUGAGAAUUUGAGGAUGUCCUUGCCGCAGCGCCUGCGUUUCGCCACGGCCAACAAAAUCGCGAAGGGCUCCAAGAGGUAUGAGCUUCUGGAAAGUCAAGUUCGGGCUAACGAGGCGAGCGAUGUACCAUUGCGACAUGCCGCGACAGAUGCCUUGGAAAGCGCUGGUUCCUUUGAUGCCGUCAUGCCUCAGGGGCCAGGACGGAUUUUUCCUAAACCGCCCUAUGAAUUGAAACGGCCAUGCCACACGGUGCAGGACAUCUUGGGCAAGGCUAAUGAGCUUCUGACAAUCAACGCUGCUGAGGAUCGGUGGGUGCCGUUGGCAUGGCGCAUGACUUCGGCCGCGUACUUCGCUGAGCCGGCAGAUGUCCUCCGCAUCACACGCCUUUUGGCCCAGUUGGCAUGCAAAAAGCACGGCUUCACUGCUACUACGAAGACGGAUCUGUACCAGAUGGCCAACUCGACGCUUCACUCCUUGACUCAUCGCCUGCGGGAUCUGAGCAUCGAGCUGAUCACGGAGAUUUGCGAAACGAUGGGCGACAUGCGGCUUGGAAGCCAGUCCUUGCUGGAUUCGCUGUUGGCGCAGCUGCGAGUUCUGCACCACCAGGAUCCGGAGGUGCUCAGUGAGAGGCACUCACUCCGCCUUUGCCAGGCACUGUCACGGAUGCAGGGUGUUCCCCAACGUCUUGGCAAGGGGGGUGGUCGCUCUGGUGCUGAACGCAUGGAUGCAUUGGGUGCCUGUGGCGAUGCAGAUCACUCCACGGCCAGCACCGGACGAUGCGAGCAGGGACGGCGCCACCCAGUUCCCUCUCCCUGUUCCCGCCCUCUGCUCAGUGGUCUUGGCACCCGUCGAAGAGGAGCCUUGGACGUGAGCGGCUUGCAUCGCCCGGCGGUUUUGCAGAAUCAGGAGAUCUUGGCGAUCUUACAGCAAAAAUCCUCUCAGGCUAAACUGCAACCGCAGGCUGUGGCUCCUGCCGUAGCUGGCGCUGAGCUACCUGCAUAG